ACGCGGCCCAGGCAAACGGCCAACGGCUUAGCCUCGCUGCGGCCUUUGAGGCGGUACACAUCUUCCAGGGCCGCCGAGCAAUUUGCUGAGCAGGCUAGGCCGUACAGUGUGUCGGUAGGGACCGCCACCACGGCGCCGGCGCGCAGUUCGGCCACGGCGGCCCGCAGCGCCUCCGCCCAACCGGCGUGCUCGGGACUCGCAGCCCGCAAGGCCCCACUCCCUGGGAGCCGCAAGAGCCGGGCCCCCAGCGCCACCGGAGAGGUGCUAGGCGGGCGAAGGAGGCGGCCGCUCCGGGCACAGCCCGCCGGCCCCUCACUCAAACCGAAACCGGUAGCCACGGCGGCCCUCAAUCCCCUACAAGGACGCGCUGGAGACAUCCGCCGAGGCCUGCUUCCGGGAGGAAGUGACGCACAUACCCACCUUCCGGUCCAGGCACCUCGGCCCCGCCUCCGAGCCGGGCACCUUAAAGGGACCGCCACCCCCAGGAGAAUUGAAGGAGACCGGUGGGGACGGGGCGGGGCGCAGCUUUGCAGCGUCCUAGCGCAGCGCUGGGGAGGGGGGCGGCCGAAAGGGGGGCGGUGGUCUGGCCGCGCAGGCGAGAUGGAAUGGGGCCCGGGCUCAGACUGGCCACGGGGGGAGGCUGCCGGCGUGGACCGCGGGAAGGCGGGGCUGGGGCUCGGCGGGAGGCCACCCCCCCAGCCGCCCCGGGAUGAGCGCGCCCAGCAGCUGCUGGACGCGGUGGAGCAGCGGCAGCGACAGCUCCUGGACACCAUCGCCGCCUGUGAGGAGAUGCUGCGGCAGCUGGGCCGCCGGCGCCCGGAGCCGGCUAGUGGCGGGAACGUCUCAGCAAAACCUGGCGCUCCCCCCCAGCCAGCUGUCUCCGCCAGAGGUGGCUAUCCAAAGGAUGCUGGUGAUGGAGCUGCGGAGCCCUGACCAUCCCAGAGCUGGGCACCCUGACUUCUCUCCCUCCCCGGGGCUGGUGGCUGGACUUUGAACAACUCGCUUCAAUAAAGGGGCCAGUCUUCACUGGUGGUGGCUGUUACUUGGCUCUCAGCCUGGGGUGGCAGCUCUGCUAGCAGCUGGGUUGACUCUCACUUCAUCCUGGCUGAAGGCAGUGCUGUGCUUUGAAAUGUAGCCAACAAAUACCCAGUCUGAUUACCUGAAUUUGGGCAGACCAGCAACCAGCAGUGCUCGUCAGCAUGAUCUGGUCUGCUUUGGGGGUCUAGGUGGUGUUACAUGUCCAUUUCAUGCUUUGGGGGCUCCUAGCCCCAGGAAACACCUUCAGCAGAGCCUUGAUUAAAAGGAAACCUGAAGACUCUC